AUGGAUGGCAAAGUGAUCGCUAUUACCGGUGGAUCGAGUGGUAUUGGCAAGGCGACUGCCAGAAUCCUGGCGUCAAGAGGCGCCAAACUCAGCAUCGCCGACUGGAAUGCCACCUCGUUGGCUCAGUUGUCGGCCGAGUUCUCCUCCCAGUACCCCGACUUCCUUUACACGCAACUGGACGUCACCCAGCGUGCGAAAGUGGACGACUGGAUCGCACAGACGGUCCAGCACUUCGGACGUUUAGACGGCGCCGCUAAUUGUGCAGGCGUGACCGGCCGUACGAACGACCGGAUGCCCUUGACAGAGGUCGAUGAUGAACAUUGGGAUGUUGCCAUUGGCGUGAACCUCACUGGCACAAUGGCUUGUCUCCGAGCGCAGUUGCGAGCUAUUGUCGAUGGAGGUAGUAUUGUCUCGAUUGCCUCCGUGGCUGGUCUGGAGGGCAUCGCAGGGAUCUCACCGUAUUGUGCGGCAAAGCAUGGCAUUAUCGGCUUGACGCGGUCGGCAGCCAAGGAGGUUGCGCAGCGUCAGAUUCGUGUCAACGCCGUGGCUCCAGGCACCAUCAAUACGCCUCUGUAUCAAGACUCGAUGAACGAUGACCCUGGCUACCAGAUGCGGCGCCAAGCGGAACAAGGGGAUGUGGAUUUCAUCACGGGAGACUACCUUGCGGAGGUGAGCUUGGCGGAAAAUGCCGAGGCAAUGCGCGCCGGACAGCACGAUGGCUGGUUCUCUACAUGCUGGGAUGGCAUCGAGCAGAGUCUAGACAUCGUCGCGGAGAAGAACAUCAAGAUCAUCGUCAAUGGAGGAGGGUUGAAUCCUCGUGGUCUCGCGGAAAAGGUCCAGCGGCUGGUCGGCGAGAAAGGAUACCUCAUCAACGUUGCGUUCGUGUCUGGUGAUGACGUGUUGCCUGAAAUCAAGAAUCAGCUUCAACAGACAGGAGAGUUACCACCACAUCUCGACUCCGAGAACACCGAAGUCCGCCUCGAUGAACGGACGCUGACGUUUCGAGACAUGAACCGUAAGCCGCUCGUCGCUGCAAACGCUUACCUAGGUGCUCGAGCCAUCCUCGCGGCCCUCGACGUUGGAGCGGAUAUCAUUAUUUGCGGCCGUGUGGCCGAUGCGUCCCCAGUCAUCGCCGCGGCGUGGUGGUGGCAUGGUUGGCGAGCGACCGACUAUGACCAGCUGGCCGGGGCACUACUUGCUGGCCACCUCAUCGAGUGUUCCGGAUACGUGACGGGGGGCAACUUCUCGGGAUUCGACGCCUUUGACCUGGACCUGCUGGUCGACAUCCCAUUUGGAAUCGCCGAGAUCGCCAAGGACGGCAGCUGCGUGACCACUAUGCAUGACACGGGAAAAGGGGUGAUCAAUGUCGACGUAGUUCGUUGUCAACUACUGUACGAGCUGCAGGGCGCGAUCUAUCUCAACAGCGACGUUUCGGCUGACCUUACGAAUGUGAAACUAGAGCAGGAUGGGAAAAACCGCGUCCGUGUCACCGGCGUCAGGGGUAGUCCACCACCAGCCACGACAAAACUGGGUAUCUUCUACCGUGGUGGGUAUCAGUGUCAACUGCUGCUCAAUGCCACAGGCUACAAUACGGCACUCAAGUGGAAAUUGCUAGAGAAACAGGUCAAGUACGUCCUCAAGCAGAAAGGAAAGCUGGAGGACUUUGACGUGAUCGACUUUCAAGUCGUCGGAACACCUCAAGCAAACCCGCGCACUCAACUGAAUAGUACCACAUACUGUCGCAUAUUCGCUCAGGCAAGCGAUGAGGCCACAGUGGCGUGCCUUCGAGCCGCGUGGGCUGAAUUCGUUAUGCAACAUUUCUCUGGUCUUCAUUACGCUCUAGAUUUCCGUAGCGCAGCUCCAAUGCGCUACAUCGCAUAUUAUCCAGCGUUGUAUCCACAGAAUUCUCUCAAGGAGUUUGCCCAUAUCUUGAAACCCGACGGCUCGAUUGGCCAAACUCUACCUGCGGGCCAUCCACCCCAGUAUGAAGCCAUCGAGAAGAGAACAAACUUCGACACGGAACCAACGUUUGUCCCCUCGAGAACCGAGACCAAAGUUGUCCGUCUAGGCGACGUGGCCCUCGGCCGAUCCGGCGACAAGGGCGCCAACAUCAACUUUGGCAUUUUCCCCAGGGCGUCCAAGAUCUGGCCUUGGUUCCAGGGCUUCAUGUCUCGGGCCCGUCUACGAGAAUUGAUCGGCGACGACUGGCGGGACAGAUAUUUCAUCGAGAGAAUGGAGUUCCCGGGCAUCCAGUCGGUGCAUUUUGUGGUUUAUGGCAUUCUGGAUCGCGGUUCGAGCAGCACCGUCGCCUUGGACAAUCUGGGUAAAGGCUUCGCAGACUUUAUCCGGGAUAAAUGGGUGGAAGUUCCCGUGGAGAUUUUGGACCAGUUAUCAUCAUCAUGA